CAGCAACGAUUUCGCAAAUUAAAUGCUGCUGGCACAACAUACUGGACUGAUUUAAAAAUGGAGAAAAGGGAAAGUGAGGACCUGGUGGAAAAGUAUCCAGACACAACGGCGCAACUCUCGGAUUUGCUAACGAGCGCACAGAAACUAGUCAUUACAAAGAUGCAGCAGAAAGGCGAUGAAAACUUGGAAGUGAAAUUGGAAGAGAAAUUGAUGGCUAUAAAAGCUGCUCUUAACGGUUUCGAGUAUGUGGAAAAGACAACGAUUGAUGAAGAUUUGAGUGAAACUUGA